GUUAAGGGACCAAAAACGCAAAUGCCUAAAAAGAACCAACAUGAAUGCGCCGAAAGCGCGCGAAUCUCCUUUUAACACUGAACUUUCACCGGAAAAUGUCCCUAAUUCACCUGAAACCGCCGUAUCACGGCCGUUCGCCGUCCCUUCGCCACCACAAACUCACUGCCUCACGCCCAGUGACCAAUCCAAUUACCAAUAUCAUCCUCAAUUCCACCUUUUCGACCUCCGCCUUAACAAUAAAAUCAUCAUCCACACGCGCCGCUGUGAACUCCGGGAAAUUCAUUUCUCCGUUCACCUCUUUAGCUCCUCUUAAACCUUAUCUCCUCUCGGAAUGGCAACCAAUUCUGUGUGGAUGGCUCUGCAGUGUAAUAUCCGUUUACUCUCUGUCCAAAAUUGUUCCCAAAGUGGGAAAAUUCUUGUCUCUCAUGAAUCCGUUGGAUGUUGUGCGGCUGAGAGAGGAGUGUUUGGUUUUGGGAGGUUUGUUUUUAGUUCGACUUGUUGGUAAUUAUCUGCAGCAAGCGUUUCUAUGGGAAGCUGCGUUGAAUUGUGUGUAUAAGAUGAGGGUUUGUGUUUUCCAUAAGGUUUUGCAGAGAGAUUUAGGUUUUUUCGAGGGAGAAAGUGGGAUUGCUUCUGGAGAUGUUGCUUAUAGGAUUACUGCUGAGGCUUCUGAUGUUGCUGAUACUGUUUAUUCGCUCUUGAAUACGAUUGUACCAAGUAGUUUUCAAUUAUCAGCAAUGGCAGUUCAGAUGUUGGUCAUCAACCCUGUUCUAUCAUUCCUUUCCGCCUUGGUGAUUCCAUUGAUGGGUUUUGUGAUUGGUUACUUGGGCGAAAAACUUCGUGAUGUAUCAAAGAAGGCACAUCUUGCUGUUGCUUCUCUCUCUUCCUAUCUGAAUGAGAUCCUCCCGUCAAUUCUUUUUGUGAAGGCAAAUAAUGCGGAGUCCUGUGAAAGCAAAAAGUUCCAGUCACUUGCUUUUGCUGACCUAUCUGCGACUAUGGGAAAGAAAAAAUUGAAGGCAUUUAUUCCUCAGUUGGUACAUGCAAUAUAUUUUGGCAGCUUAUUCACAUUUAGCGCUGGCACGUUGAUAGUUUCAAAAGGUUCAUUUGAUUACUCUGCCAUGGUUUCUUUUGUAACAUCCCUGAUUCUGUUGAUAUCCCCAAUCCAGGAUGUGGGAAAAGCAUACAAUGAAUUAAAACAAGGAGAGCCAGCAAUUCAGCGCCUAUUUAGUUUGACAAGGUUUGAACCAGAGGAAAUUGUGAACCCAGAUGCUGUUGACUUAGAUUGUGUUGCUGGGGAAGUAAAAUACUCUAAUGUUUCUUUUAGAUAUGUUGACAAUGGACCUCUUGUAUUGAAAAACAUGGACUUACAUAUUAAAUCUGGAGAAAUAGUUGCCCUUUGUGGACCAUCAGGAGGAGGAAAAACGACUCUUGUAAAACUACUCCUUCGCUUAUAUGUUCCUUUACAAGGUUCCAUUCUCAUUGAUGGUUUGGAUAUUAAAGGCAUACGUAUCGAGAGUUUGAGGAGAAAUAUUGGUCUGGUCUCUCAAGAUACAACAUUAUUUUCUGGAAGUGUUGCCGAGAACAUUGGAUAUAGGGAUAGAAUGACUGGUAUUGAUAUGGAGAGAGUGAAGCUUGCUGCCAGAACUGCAAGUGCUGAAGAAUUUAUUGAAGCGCUUCCUCUUGGCUAUGAGACAAAUGUUGGACCUAGGGGCUCAAUUUUCAGUGGAGGGCAGAAGCAAAGAAUAGCUAUUGCUCGGGCACUUUAUCAGGAUCCGUCUAUUCUGAUAUUGGAUGAAGCUACUUCAGCAUUAGACAGCAAGUCAGAGCUAUUGGUGAGAAAAGCUCUGCAGCGCCUGAUGCAAAAUCGUACUAUACCUCCGAAAGAGUUUGUAAUCCAAGGGUAUGGUCUGGUGGUCAAUGAAGUGGAAGACAAGAGAUCUCAUGUUCAAAUCCCAGUAGAGGCAAAAACACCAGGUACUAGUGAUUGCUCACCGCUUGGAAACAGUUCUAAUGGCUGAACGGGUUUACCUUUUAGAGGAUGGCUGUUUGCGAGAGGUUCCUCGCUCCUCUCUUUUGGAUGGUCAAAGUAGCUUAACAAUAUGAUGUUUAUAUGAAGCUAAAGAUUUGGAUCUUGGAAAUGAAUAUGCAUUUGUUGCUGAAGUAUGAAAGUAUGUCCUGCAACUUUCUUAUCCUUCCAUUGUAAGCAGCUUGUCACAUCAAAUGCCCCCCUUUAUCGGCUACAUCAACAGGCGCUGUAGACCACCAACUAUUUGCCUCGCAUGUUUGAGUGCCACGGGCGAUAUAUUUGGUAGUCUGUAAGGAGCAAUAUGUUGGCACAUAAGCUCUGUUUUUUUUUUUAGUGAAGUGGAUACUAAAGAGGUUUAGUGCUUCUACAUAAAUUAUUUGUUUCUAGUUCUGUUUCACAUUCCAAAGUGUAAAUUGCUUGUAUAUGAUUGUGUGAAUGGUGAAUGAUUAAUUGAUUUAAGUGUGGGGAUUAUCGAUCGAU